CGCCAUUUCAGCAGUUGGUGUAUAAGCCCCGAAACAGAUAGACAACUUCUUAGAAAAGGAAAAUUGUGAAACUGAAUAACUUAACGCCAUUAAAUUCAAGAAAAAUCAUGAAGAUAUUACUUUCAAUUGCUUUGGCUACGAUUCUUGCAUCUCUACCGGUAGACAGUUCAAUGAUAACAUCUAAAAAUGGCCCUCUAAACUGCGACGGAUUAAUAUGUCCUGACAACAGUUCCUCGUGUAUUAUUUCGAAAAAGACUUUCGGCGAUUUGUCCAAAUACAAAUAUGUUCGAAUAUGCACUGAUGAGUUCGGAGUCCCAACUGACUCUAAAACAGAUGAGUUGGAGAAUCCCAGUCCAGGCACAGAAAUGAAUACCAUCUCAGCGUACGGAGUCCCAACUGACUCUAAAAUAGAUGAAUUAGAGAAUCCCAGUCCAGGCACAGAAAUGAGUACAGUCUCACUAUACAGUGAGAAUCAAGAAUUAACCGAAGCAGAAUCAGAAGAAACUCAAGAGGAAAUUGGUGAUACUGUCCAAGAAACCAAUACGAUUUUCCAAGAAACCGAUACGAUUUUGCAAGUAACUGAUACAAUUGUGCAAGAAACUGAUGAGGUUGUUCAAGAAACUGGUAACAUAGUUACGGAGUAUGUAAAAGGCGCGAAGAACUAUGUGAAAGACACCAUUAGAUGUUGGAAGAACUGGACUUCAGACUUUGUUUCUAGUAUGAAGAAAAUGUUUCCUCCCGGCUUUCCAUUUGUUAAAUAAUUUUACAUUUUCAACUUGAAAUAAAUUCGUGAAAAAAG